GUGUAACAGCCUGCCACCGAUUGAAAAGCUAAGACUUGAGAGUUGUUCAAAAUUCUUAUAUCUAUCUAUCUACUCAAAAAGUAUAGCCUAUUUUUUUUCUUUAUACAAUUUGUAUACAUAAUACAAAUUGAAGACUACAUAAAACUAAUCAGUAAAGACUUUAUCAAAGGGGAGUUAAAAAGUAGAACUAGUUGUUCUCUUCUCCCCAACAGAGAAAUCAUUGUGACAUAACAUUCAGGGAUCCAUAGGGCUGCAGGGCAUCCAUAUGAAAAUCCAUUUAUUAACAAUUUAUUAACACUUAAAACUGCAGACUUUAAUUAUUUUCAUUAAUGACUUAUUAAAUAUAACUGCAGACUUGAUGACUUAGAAAAUGUGAGACACCAACCCUUUAUUAAUGAUUCAUAAUCAUUUAUAACUGCCGGACUGAAAAAGAAAAUGAUAGGUCAGAAAGUGGUACCUAACUUUGUUACCACUUCAUGGUAUUUGUUUUCAUGUCCUAUGGUCUCAAAGGAUUUUAACUGUCCUAUACUAUCCAUUGAUAUUUUGUAAUUUUUUACUGAAUAUUCAAAUUGACUGAUUGUUUGAAUUCAUAUUUUCAUGAAAAAAAAAUCAUAGCACAGUACAAACAGUGUAGGUAUCUGAAAAGUUUAUGGUAACAUUGUUUAGUCUAACAUUUUUGUGUCAUAUCAACUGUUUGUUACAAAGUUGAUAUUAAUGCGCUAUCAGCCAGCUCAGUUAGCACCUUCGUCUCAACGCAAAAAGGAAACAUGUUUCAUCCCUGACCUUCAAUGUAGCAUUAGCUUUUUGUCCCCGCAUUCACAUUCACAUGAGCUUCCUUAAGACACGCAAGUCAUUUUGUCUGGGUGUUAACCUUCAAAGGAACAUUCAAGAAAAUGUGUAAAUGUGGGGAUAACAUUUUACAAAGAAAGAAAGAUUAGUUUCUAAAUGUGAGACAAGGAUAUGACCUAACACACCAGGGUUUAAUUUUCAAGGUCCAGCAAUGCAGAGAGUUUAUGACCCCAAAAAGGUCAAGUCAUGUAGAGGGUUUUUUAUGCUCGCAUGGACAUGCUUAGUAGUGCUCAAUAUUUAUUUCUCUUUAUUUAAACUUGAAAAUCAUUUACAAUGACGUCAAGCAAGAAAGAAGACAAUCAAUAAAAAAUAUGUCAUUAUACUUAAAGUAUGUCAUUUUACCCUUUAUCCAAAGGCCAUGGCGUUGUUAUCCCCCUCUUUGCUUGUGCAGCUUUGUUUCUGUGUCUUGUCCUGACUGUCCACAUUCCCAGCUGGACCCCAGUCCCUGCUGACUUUGUCUUGUUAGAGGAUGACUUGUCUAAACAGAAACCAGUUGCCCAAUGAAUUUAGAUAGCAAGUGUGAGGCGGCAAUAAUUUGGCCAUGUCCCUCACUGAGCUCAUAUGUUUGGCCUGCCAUUGUUCCUUUCCGGUCCCUUUACUUACGGCUGGGUUGGUGCUUUCCUGUGUCCUCAUCAGACAGCGGGUUAAUCACUCCCCUCGGGAAGUUCCUAUCUUCACCACUGACUGACUGUCUAAAUGAUCUGAAAUGGCCUUCACUGUCUUUUUUCAACUGUGCUUAUGUGAAUCAGUUAGGAGCACAGACAUUCUUUAUCCUGUGAGCAGAAGAUGGCGCAGAGGCAAGAUGAAAUUUAAGAGACAGUUGGUAAACUGCUCUCUUCAUUAUUGGCUGUCACAGCCAGCAUUAUUCUUGGCAUGCAGAAACAGCCUUUGUGUCUUCAUUAUGUUCUAAAUAUAUGUUUGGCAGAUUUAUUUGUGAUGCAGUUUGAUCCACAGUUAUCACCUUUUUUUUUUUGAUGGAAGAAGAAUCGAUGAGUAUUUGGCAGAAAGCCUGUGCAACAAUUAUCCUGGCUUGGGAAAUCCUGUGCCCUGUUAAUUCAGAUAUAGUCAAUGGAGAGUUUAAAGCAGACCUUUUCAGAACCUUACAUCAGCCAGACAAUAUAUAAUGUGUGACUGUGCUUUAAACUCUCUACAUCCAAAGGUAUGUGGACCAGUGUCUAUUUUAGAACCAUCCAAGGGAAUUGAAUUAGGCCAUGAGGCUGCUGGAUUUUCCCCAUUGGGUAAAAACAGCACAUGUGAACAAGUCUGACAAUAGUGAAAGGAGAAAAAUAAAGACAGCGAGUAACAUGCCACCACCAGAGAGUCAUCACUUAUGUCAAAAGCUCUUACCACAAUAAUUGACGUGGCAACAAGAUCACAUGAGUGGUGAUUAGGGAGUCUUAAGUUAGCAAUUUUAUAUUCAAAACAGUGCUGUCUCUGCUAGUGCUGUAUGUACAUAUGCACACAAGUAACCACUAUCAUGCAUUAUGCAUAUGCUAUAUAAAGAGAAUAUUCUGCUUCAUCUGCUGAUGUGACAUGUUUCAAACUGGGCUGUUGAUGUGAUGGCUACUUUAAGAGGAGUGCACAGCAUCAGUUGUAAAUUAAACUCAAUACCAUGUAUUGAUCUAUAGUGCUGGAUAGUUGUGUGCAGGGUACAGCCUGCCUGUUGGUUGAUGAGCGUGCAUUGGCCCCCAUGACAUAUUUAUGCCUUUUCCUUCCCUUUUUUUCCCCCCCUUUCCUUUCCUGACUUCCCUUUUCUCUCUACACUCAAACAAAAAAUCUCAUACUGUACGUCAUACACACCAGAGGGAUGUGUGUAUGAGUGUAUGUGGGGAACAGAGAAAGCAGUAAGGUUCCUAUGCAACAAUAAAAGAGAUGAUACUCAGUGUGGUGUGGAUAAUGCCGUAGAUUCAGGAUGCAAACAGGCAAACUCACUGUCAGAUCUGGGCAGCGGCAGAGUGUGGGACAGCGGGGGUUGUCUGGAGGAGGUGGGGUCUGUCCCAUGUGUCGACUGUCUGAUGGAGAGAUGAGGGGCACAGCACAGUGAGUAUGAAAGGACACAGAGUGCUACGCAGAGAGACUGCAGGCAUGCAGCAGUACAGAGCGGCAUAUAUGUUUAAAGAGGCUGCAGCAGAGUGGGCUAUUGAUGAGGUAUUUUAAGAAUGAGAUCACCUGAGACCUGAGAAUGAGAUCACCUGAGAUCUGUCAAACAUGUGAUUGGACAGUACCCUCCAAAGCCUACAGCAUGUGACUUUUUGCAGUGAAGUUUACGGACCCUCACCAUGCUCUCUCCGUGGAAUCUUUAUCUUCUCCUCCCCCUCUCCUUGCCGCUCUCAUUUCAUGUCACAGUUUUAACUGGAGAAAAUGUCAAGGAAACACAAUGGACAGACACUGACAUGAGAGUGCAGCAUCUCACACAGCCUUCAAAGAGACCUCAUGGAUCUGGUUUAGCACCAGGGAAUGCCAUGUUUGCUCCUGAGAGUAUUGACUCCCUGGAUCUACCAAUGACUUGGCCCUUAUCGUCGUCUGAGGAAAUAGAUAGACAAGGGGUUAUUGGUGAAUAUACUGAUAUACAGGAGAGCUCAGAGACAUCUCCGUUAUAUGGUGAUGAGAAGGGACGUAUCAUAUCCAGACCCACAGAGCGUGCUGCAGAAGAUGCUACCUUUGAGGAGGGUACCCAACCAUCAGUAGGAGCACCACCACAACCUACUGAAGAAAUGUUAAAGUAUGAGCCAGCUGAUACCAGUAUCUUGACCAUAAAUGGAACUACACUGCAUCCCACACACACUGGAGAUAAUCAGACAACUUUCCCAGUCAAGAGGAAUGAAACACCUGAUAGCCAUCUACCUUUUCUUCUAUCUGGCGCAUUUCCAUCAGACAGAUCAGACCAGGACUUCACUUCACCUCUGUCUACUGGACCUGGGCCCAGCCCUGACUACAUCUCUCCACCCAUAGCCACUAGCAGUUGGGGAUGGACUGCUGGCUCUUCUGUUAACACACAGGGGAAAAUACAGGAGGGGACUGUCCCAGUGAAAGAGACUGGGCAUGAAGUGAAUAAUGUAGAUGGAAUUUUACAAAGAGGAGCUGUCAUGGAGACAGAAAAAGAAGACUCCAAGGAUGAUGACCAGCAGGUCACAAAGGCCGGUGGCACUCUCCUGCCUGAUGGUAACAUGGACACAUCAGCCACACCCUGUAAGACAUCAAACCAGUCCUGGACUCCCAUUUACCCAGAUGAUUUUACACCUAAUGAGUCUCUGCGCCCCUCACUGGCUCUCAGCCCUUCCCUUUUCAUCCCUCUGUAUUCGGACUGGAACUCUGCCCUCGCCACAUGGGGGUUUGCUUGGGAAGCACACAUCUACGGCCUGGGAUCUGUCUUUACUGUGUUUGGUAUGAUCUCUGUGGUCUGCCUGUUAGGCUUGCCUCUGCGGUGUCCUCCAGGAAGCCCCUACUUCACUCUGCUGCACUUAUUCCUGCUAGCAUUUUCAGGGUCUCAAGCUUUUUCUUUGCUUUAUGAUGCUUACAGUCACCAAGAUCGUCUUCCCCCUCUUGGCUCUCUGCUGCUCUCUCAGCUGCCCUUCCCCUGUUUGAUCUCUGCAUUCUCCCUGGCCUUCCUCCUUCUUUCUCUGCGCUCACGCAUGCGUCUUUCACUCCCACUUGCUAUUUCCACUUCAUUCUCAGCCUUGCCCAAACCUUGCCUAUUACUGUGUAUGUGCCUUUUGCAUUUUGGAGUCUCUCUAGGUUGUGUUGGCAUGCUCCAGUUCUUCCACAGCCUCCCCACCAUGAUCCUUCUACUCCCCCAGGGUGUGUUUGUAUGCCUCACUGUCUUUCUCUCAUGCUCCUACCUCAUCUUUUACUGCUUAAUACAAGUCGAUACUAAACACAUCUAUAGGCUGAAUGACAAUGGAGAGAGUGGAGGAUCUCCCGAAGUGAUGCAACCUGCAAGUUGCCCCUUUGCCAAGGUGGAAGACUGGGGCAGGGCAGCAGGUGCUGGAGUAGGCGCUUCGUUGUGUUUGUUAGGAUGUGGAGGCCUACAGCUCUAUGGGAUCCUACAUGCCCUUGGUUUGGGUGGGGUUGAUGGUUAUGGGUUUUCGCCCUGGCCCUGGUGGGGCUACCAGGUAGGCUGCAGGGUCUGUGAGGUUGGAGUGUGUCUAGGUUUGUCUCUCAUUGGCACACACCCUCUAUUCAGUCACAACAACUCUAUCAAGACCAUAACUCAGCCCCGGCCUGGAUCGUGGUCCCGUUUAUCCUGCAGCUCCCCUUCACGAGGGCUCACCCUGCCCUCUCAGGUCAGUCUAAAUUCUCCUGUCCUCUCCUCUCAUGAUACCUGGUCCCAGGGUAAGCAGGAAAAGCUGGUGGUGUGUGAUGUCAUUCUUAAGGGACAAUCAGAGGCUCUCCCUCUUUGCUCCAUGGUGGAUCCUCCUGGAAAUGGGACAGACUGUAUCCCCAAAUUCAGCCAAACCCGGACUGCUGUACCACCUCUACCUACGCCCCCAAGCCCACCACACAAGUCUAAAAAUGCAGUGGAGUCUCAGCUCUCCUCACUAGAUAGCCUGGGUAUGGAGACUGACUCUACUGUGGACCUGCGGCCCCCAUCUCCCAUUAACUUGUCCCGCAGCAUUGACCAGGCUCUGUUCAGUGAAUCUUUAUUCUCUCACAGUAUAUUUGGUUUGCCAAGACUGUUCCAUGCUUCCUCCAGCCUUUCUUUGAGCUCUCCUAGCCAAGGCACAUCAAAGCAAGUGUCCAGCUCUGUGGAAAACGCCUUAUAUCGAACCUCUUCCUGUAGAGACAUGGAUCAAGAGAAUGUCCUGCCUAGUUCAAUACCUUCCCAGCCUCAUGGCUCUUUGACAUGUCACAACAAACCUCCAACAUCACCAGAGAAACCGGAUUGGAAAGGGAGUGUCUCUGGUUCAACCCAGGGCCUAUGCAGCAAACCAAAGGAGACAGGAAAGCUGCGAUCACAUUCCUGGGCCAACAGAGGGCAAAACUUUACUCAGAGCAGCCUUCCACGAGCAAUCCCCCACCUGUCUUACCACAGGCGUUACCGAACCCUGAGCCUAGCCUCACAGGACAGCCAGGGAUCUGGUCGACUGGCGGGGACUAAACACCUGAGUGAGAGCAAACAGCUGGAAUGGGAUCUGGCUGUACAGGCAGAGUUUGUCAGCGUGUGCAGACAAAUUGACGCUUUGAGUGUUUGCAGUGACACCAUUGAAUUGUAGGAAGUUAUAGAUGCCCAGUUGUGAUUGGAGCACACAUGACAUUGUACAGAAAUAGCUCUGGAAGAAUUAAACUGUAUUGAUGCAAUAUGUAAACCAUAACUUAUUUUCUUUAAAUACUGUACAGUUGAUAUUAUAUACAUUCAAUCUUGCUCAUCAAAUAUCUGUUGCUAAAUAGUGCAAAUGCUAUCAAGAAGUUAACUUAAGCAGGAGUUUUAAUAUUUGUAUAACUGAUAAAUUGAGAUUUUUGAUAUAUUAAUCUAUCCCAUAGAGAGAAAUUCAAAGACUCCAGAUGUUUUGUUUUAUACUGUUGAUGUAUUGUUUUCAAUAGUGAAUAGAUUAGCCAGUAGGGCCGCAGAGACAGACUCAUCUACAGUUGCAACCAUAAUGAGUAAUAUUAGAAAUAUUAAAAUCUAAUUUGUCAAAGGAGCUAAAAAUCACAGUCUGACUGAAAUGGUAAAGCACAAUAUUCUGCUGACACAUGAUCAGCACCUUGCUGCCCAUAAAGGUGUCUACAGAGUUGGCGGACAAGUACUUCAUCAUGAAUCCUCAGUGUGAAAACAGGCAUUUUGGGAUGCGGUACUUUCCUGAUAUAUUUUUAAGUGUGGUGUAUUAAACAAGAAAAAAUCAUAAAUACACAGGGUGAG